UGAUUCUUUAUACUGUGAUGAGCUCUCGGGCAGAAUAUUUGCAACCCCAUCCUUCAUGACAAAGUAACAUCUUUUCUUUGUCAUCACAAGGUGCAAUUAAUAUCCUUGAAGCAUCGCCAUUAUAUGCAUCACAUUAAAAACCCAGUCGGGUCUCUUCCUAGUACCCAGAAACAGAUCCUGUUGUUAACAUGGUCAAAGGAGCUUCUAAAUGCCUCUUCUUACUCUUCCUGUCUCUUCUCACUAUCUGCUCUUCUGGAACUCUGGUGGGUUUCUCCUAUCAUGCAGGAAGCACUGCAACUUCAUCAACAGCCAGAACUUUAUCAUUCCUGAAGCAAAACAAGGUCACCCCGUCUCAGAUUCGGGUUUUCGUAGCAGAUCAUAGGGCUUUAACUACUCUGUCUGACUCCGGCGUAAACGUUGAUCUCUACUUAAGUAAAAGCCUACUUGGGAAUUUGGUGAAUUCGAAAACAUCUGUUAUUUCAUGGCUGAAAGCCCAUGUAAUGACCUUUCUCCCGCAUGUGAACAUCAAUAGCAUCAUACUUGCUAGUGGCAAUGACCGUUCAGAACAAAGUGAGCUAUCAAUGCUCUUAUCCACCUUAAAGUCAAUCCAUUCGGUCCUCAGUGCUCUUCAUCUGGAAAGCCAAGUUAGAGUUUCAGUAGCAUUUUCAUUGCCUUUCUUAGAGAAGUUGAAUAGAACACAGGAAAGAGACCUGCAUAGGAUUUUUGGUUUUAUCAUGAAAAUGAAGUCUUACGUCAUGGUUGAAGACAGUAUUGAUGGACAGUUAAGCAUGGGAGAUCAGUUUGUUCAGUCUAUGAUUGAGAGAGCUACCCUUGCCAGCAGUUUUCUUCUUCCUCACAAUGAUGUUCCAAUGGUUCUGACAAUUAAGAGCCCUGCUGUUCCUACUGCAACAGAAGCAGCUCAAUUCAGUGAUGAGGUUUUGAAGUCUCUACAAAACAAAACCCAGAUUACAGGACAGAUAGUUGGGUUAUAUGCUGAAAUAUCAUCCAUGGAAGAUUUUGUGCAGAAAGAGCUCAAAAGGGAAGAGGAACAGAUCUUUCCUUCUUCCCACAGAGAACUCCUAAGCAAAUCCCACCUCAAAGCAAUUUUACAUGACGCUAUCAACCCGCAAACAACAAUCUUUCCCACAACUCCAGACAUCACCCCUCCAGAUAAUCCCACACCACCCAUUAUCACAGUUCCUGCUACUAACCCUGUCACAAUUACGCCAGCAAAUCCUGGUUCCACACCAUUAACAGUUCCCUCCACCCCACCCAUCACAAUACCCUCCAUUAAUCCUGCCAACUCACCAGUACCAAUCACCAAUCCAGUAACAACUCCUACCACAGUCCCUGGGGCACAACCAGUUACUAACCCUGUAACAACUUAUCCAACCCCAACAGGAUCUGUUCCUGUCCCAAACCCGGUGGCGCCUCCUGCAACGACAAAUGCUCCGGCGUUUCCAGGACAAAGCUGGUGUGUGGCCAAGGCUGGAGCUUUGGAGACAGCAAUUCAGGCAGCACUGGACUAUGCAUGUGGAAUGGGAGGUGCAGACUGUUCACAAAUCCAGCAAGGUGGGAGUUGUUACAACCCAAAUACACUUCAAAACCAUGCCUCAUAUGCAUUUAACAGCUAUUAUCAGAAGAAUCCAGCGUCAACUAGCUGUGAUUUUGGAGGGACUGCCACGAUAGUUAAUGCAAAUCCAAGCAUUGGUUCUUGCAUUUACGCAUCAUCAUUAUCACCAACAACAGCAAAUCCAACACCGACACCGACGACGACAACAACAACACCAAUUCCAAUGCCAACAACACCAACACCAACACCAACAACACCAACACCAUCAGGAGCAGGUGUAUUAGGCUAUGGUACUCCACCUUCAGUGUUAAAUUCAAGCGAACCAGCUUCUGGUACUACACCAUUUUUUGAAACCCCUCCUGUUGUCAACACAUCAACAUCCUUUUCAUCUGGUUUGCAUCCCUUUAUUGGCUGCAUCAUUCUGGCAACAUCCUUUGUUACUGGAAAAAUAGUUCUGGACAUGUAGAGCUGCUACUUCUCCAUGCACAUCAAUGCCUCUAGAGAUAAUUGCUUCACUAGCAAGUCAGAGUUUUGGCCGUUCAAGCCGUGUACAGAUCCAUAUUUUGCAGGUAAGAAAUUAGAGGUUAGUUUAACAAAGCAGAACUAUAACACCUACAUUCUGCUAAGUGCUGACAAAUUCACUGGCGUGCAUGAGGUUGCCUGGGAUGCAAAACAUGUUUACUUCUGAAGCUAAAAUUUCUAGUUGAAGCAAAAUCAUAUGUUCGAUAUAUAAUUUUAGCUGCAGUUUCAGGUACUGAAGUUGGAUGGUAUGGUAGGGGUUCAAUGGUUCAUGAUCUUGUACAUAUUUUAGGAGUUGUGGAGAUUGUAGUGCGUGUCGUGAUGAUGACAAAUUGUGUGAUCGAAUUGCUUCAGAAAUUAUCCUAAUCUGAAUUAUUUAGACAGUUUCAA